UUUAAAAAUUGAUGUUAGGAAUGGAACCAGAAACACCCCCUCUUGAGACCAUAGAUGACCUGUAAACUAUAGAGUGAUUGCAUUUCCUCUUAUAUUGAGCUUCAGAUCAUGUAGAAAUGAUUACUUUGUACUUUAGAUUUUGCUCAUAAAUUUCACAACUCUGCCUCUUCCUUCACUUUGUUCCCCUAUAUCACUAUUAUAUAUUGAAUUCUUAUCUACCAUGUCAUUGUCAGGUGCUGAUGGAGUAAAAAUUUUCAUCAUUCUAGCAUCGUUGAUGAUUUUCAUUCUUCUGAUUUUGUAUUGCAUUAAAGGAGCUAAUCUGAAAGACAGCAGUUCAGAGCAAAAAAUUCUGACCCUCACCAUGGAUAAAUUUCUGAACGAAAUGGAAAGAGAGAAACCAAUCAGGUUUACCAGUGAGCAGCUAAGGACUGCAACUGGUAACUACUCAAACUUUCUGGGGUCAGGAGGGUUUGGAGAAGUAUAUAAAGGAAAUCUUAUAGAUGAAACCACUUUGGCUGUGAAGGUUCUACGUGGGAGUUCUGACAAGAAAAUUGAGCAGCAGUUUAUGGCGGAAGUGAGCACAAUUGGUAGAACUCAUCAUAUCAAUCUAGUUCGCCUCUAUGGAUUUUGUUUCGAAAAUAGCUUGGUGGCACUGGUUUAUGAGUACAUGGUGAAUGGCUCUCUUGAUAGGUUUCUGUUUCAGGAAAACAUGACCUUAGGAUAUGAUAAGCUCCAUGAGAUUGCUGUUGGGACAGCAAGGGGCAUUGCUUACUUGCAUGAAGAGUGCCAACAGAGGAUAAUCCACUAUGAUAUAAAACCAGGAAACAUUCUCUUGGACAGGAACUUCAAUCCUAAAGUUGCUGAUUUUGGUUUGGCCAAGCUUUGUAACAGGGAAAAUACUCACAUAACCAUGACUGGAGGAAGAGGUACUCCUGGUUAUGCUGCUCCUGAACUUUGGAUGCCAUUUCCUGUUACUCACAAGUGUGAUGUUUACAGUUUUGGCAUUCUGUUAUUUGAAAUUAUAGGUAGGAGAAGAAACCUUGAUGUUAAACUGUCUGAGAGCCAGGAGUGGUUUCCAAUCUGGGCUUGGAAAAAAUUUGAUGCUGGACAACUUGGGGAGCUAAUGAUAGCGUGUGGGAUAGAAGAGAAAAAUAAGGAGAUAGCAGAAAGAAUCGUUAAGGUAGCUCUGUCAUGUGUUCAAUAUAGGCCAGAAGCAAGGCCUAUAAUGAGUGUUGUGGUGAAAAUGUUGGAAGGUUCCGAUGAAAUUCCCAAGCCUUUGAACCCAUUUCAGCACUUUAUGGAUGGGACUUUGUCUGCUAAUGCUUUCCAAGUGUCACAGACUCAUGCAACAACUGUUUCUUCCAGCUCUUCUGUUUUGGUAAGUGACACCAACAUCCUAUGUGCUACUCCUGUUAUGAGGAAGUGCGAGAUUGAUUUAUCCUCUAGUAGGUGAAGGAAAUUGGAAGGUUUCCAUUUGGGUUCAAUAAGUUGUAGAAUAUUUUCCCUUGUACUAGUUUGAUUUUAUAUGCACCUGUGGAUGUUCGUAUAAACCACCCAUUUUCUGCUAUUUUGGCUCUAAACACAAUAUGAAGACUAUAAACCUAAAGUUGAUA